AUGAACUCGGUCCCGGUAUUCAGGUUUUCACAGCUGUCCUUCGGCGUCGCCCGGACAAGCAUACGGCAUGGCCACACGCGGUCGCGCCGCCGGACACCGCAGCCCGAGCUCGCCAACUUCGAGCCGGGGCACGGCGAGCAGAUCUGGGUCUACAGCCACCUGACCUCGAACCAGGUCAUCUACUCGCACUCGAAGCAGCUCGACUCCAACCGCGCCCUCCGUCAACUCCCCUUCAACGGCAAAAAGACCAAGCCUGCGAAGCUCCGCCGCGACUACUGGCAACCCAUGGCACUUAUCCAGCUGCCCGCCGGCGCCGGCGCGGCAGGCCAGUCAGUCUUCCAGAAGCUCCGCGAAUUCCGCCGCCUGCACGAGCUCUGCUGGGACGAAUCCCUCCGCUUCACCAAGAACACGGACACCUUCACGGGCAUCACAAAGACGCGCGUCCGCAACCGCCACGAGCGCGGCGUCGCCCUCAACGACCAGCGCGCCAACUCCAUCGCCGACAUGGCCGCCGUCCUUUCUGGCGUCGGCAGGGGAAGCCGGCUGCACGUGAGCCCGCAGGAGAAGAAGGCCGUCCUCGAGGAGGGUCAGAAGUUGGUGGGCCGGAAAUGGUCCCAGGAGCCGCCGCCGCCGACGGCAACGACCGCGGGCAAAAAGGGAGCGGCCGAGGAUGCGAUCAAGGUCGCCGAGGGCCCCGACGAGCUGUUGCCCGCAACGAUAUACUGGGCCAACGAGGCUGACCGCAACUUUGCGGAACGGUGGUCCGACAACGUUACGCACGACGUGUUUGAGGAUGUCAAAUCUCUACUGGCAGAGAACCAGUUCACGGAGGCCGUUGAGGAGGCUGAGAGCAAGGCUUGA